AUGUCCGAACCAAUACCUAUUCCGGGGUCCAAGUCCGUGGCGGACAAUCUAGACGAGGCCACGGCGACAGAUAUGCCUGGCAGUCUGCCGGAUCCAGACCACCUUACCCCAGGCUAUCAGUCCUCGACUCCAGGAAGCCCUUACAUCUUAUCUCGAAACUCCUCGUACACUGCGAGCCAGUCGCUGCAGGAAGACUGGGAAAUCCCGCUGGAUAAACUAACAUUUUUCGAUAUCUUCGAUAACCUUGCCUUGCCGUCGAAGCUCGAAAAAUGGCAAGCAACUCUGGCUGCGCAGAAGGAGAAGCUGGCGAAACAACAAGAACGGAUACGGAGCUCAGGCAACAAUGCCAAAUACCGCGCCGUGGCCGAGUGGCGCAAACGUGUUCCUACGGCUGACGAGCAACUUGCUAAAUAUCGCUCGCGCAUGAAGAGAUCUGUAGACGAUCUGAGUAAGAGAUGGAAUGAUACGGUCGCCAUAUCGAUGAGGGAGAAGGUGUCCUUCAUAUCCGCCGUUCUUAAUGUCUUCCUCUCAGGCUAUUUGAUAGGAGCGGCUCCGGAAUACUUCUACUAUUGGUUCACGGCGCAACUGGCUUACUUCAUGCCCAUUAGGUUCAUCACCUACCGGCGCAAGGGGUAUCAGUAUUUCCUCGCGGACCUAUGCUAUUUUGUCAACCUCCUCUGUCUUUUGUCCAUCUGGGUGUUCCCUCGGUCGAAGCGUCUCUUCAUCAGCACCUACUGUCUUGCCUACGGCAAUAAUGCGGUGGCCGUUGCCAUGUGGCGGAACUCUCUGGUCUUUCACUCCCUAGACAAAGUGACCAGUUUGUUCAUCCAUGUCAUGCCUCCGGCCGUUCUACACUGUAUGGUCCAUCUGACCCCUGAGGAGUUUCUGCGCGUCCGCUUUCCUGCCGUGCACGACAUUAAAUACAGUCCUCCAGGCUCACCGGAGCACUAUAAACUAUCUGCCAUGCUGGGCUGGGCGACUAUCCCAUAUGCUGUCUGGCAACUCUUCUACCACUUUUUCAUUACCGUACGAAGGCGGGAGCAGAUCGCAGGGGGACGGCCAACCUCAUUUACCUGGCUACGCAAAUCCUACUCGAAGACCUGGAUCGGGAAAGUCGUCCUCUCACUCCCACCAAACUUGCAGGAAGUUGCAUUCAUGCUCAUUCAGUACAGCUAUGCCUUGCUCACAAUCAUCCCUUGCCCGAUCUGGUUUUGGUACCGUUGGGCCAGCGCUACGUUCCUGAUGUCCGUCUUCACCUGGAGCGUGUGGAACGGCGCGGUGUAUUACAUGGACGUUUUUGGGAAGAGAUUCGAGAAGGAGCUGGAACAAAUGAAACGCGAGGUGGCCAAAUGGCAGAAUAGCCCGGGUGCAACGCUGAGCCCACCUUCAGAACCCCUGGACGGGGAAGUGCACGUGGGCGCUUCGACUGAUGGUGGGCCGGAGAAGGAUAGGGAGAAGACCGACAGUAAAAGGAGAAGCAUCGACCGCAUCCCGCUGCUGGACGAGACCGUGCAGACUGGAAAGGCUCAGUCCAGCUCCAGAGCGACAGGUGCAGAAAUCCUCGACGACGCGAGCAGCAGUGUCGCGGACAGGAAGUUUAUGUCCAGUGGACCGCUUUCGGGGGGGCAGGAAUGA